GAAGUGAUAGUGAUUGUGGUUGAGUGUACCUACCUAAAUGGCUGUAUCGACUAUGAGUAUGCCGCCCUACUUCACUGGAUAUCCCUUCCAAGGUCAGGGCAGAGUGAACCAGCUCGGCGGAGUUUUCAUCAACGGUAGACCGCUACCCAAUCACAUCCGUUUGAAAAUCGUCGAAAUGGCCAGCGCUGGGGUGAGACCUUGUGUCAUUUCCAGACAGCUGAGAGUUUCACACGGUUGCGUUUCCAAGAUUUUGAAUCGGUACCAAGAAACUGGGAGUGUGAGACCUGGAGUUAUUGGUGGUUCCAAGCCACGAGUGGCUACUGUUGAAGUUGAAUCGAGAAUUGAACAGUUGAAGAAGGAGCAACCUGGGAUAUUUUCUUGGGAGAUUAGAGAUCGACUUGUUAAGGAAGGUAUAUGCGAUAAAAAUUCAGCACCUUCAGUCAGUUCCAUAAGCAGAUUGUUGAGGGGUGGUAGAAAAGACGAUCCCGAAAGAAAAAAUCAUUCUAUCGAUGGAAUUCUUGGUCCGACAUCAUCAGGCGAAGAAUCCGACACCGAUUUAGAACCAGGUAUUCCAUUGAAAAGGAAACAGCGCAGAUCGCGUACAACUUUCACAGGCGAACAACUCGAAGCCUUAGAAAGGGCCUUCAGUAGAACCCAAUACCCUGACGUCUACACCCGAGAAGAAUUGGCUCAGAAAACCAAACUAACCGAAGCCAGGGUUCAGGUUUGGUUCUCAAACCGACGCGCCAGAUUGAGAAAACAAUUAAACUCGCAACAAUUGAACGCUUUUAAUACGAUGUCGUUGCAAUCUGCUUUUCCUACUGCUAUUCAACAUCAGUACGAGACUGCUGGAGCUUUUAAUCAAUCGGCUUGGAGUGCGCAACAAAGCUACAGUGCUGCUUUGAGUUCGUCAUUGUCCAACAACCCUGUUCUAUCAUCCACUUUACCUCACUCCCUUACUGCAACCACAAAUACGUCAUCAUUGGGAGACGCUUCGAGUACUUCAUCAAGCCCACCGAACACCCAAAACGCUUCAUUGUAUGGCAGCUACAACAGCAGCGCCACUCUGGAAACCAACCACCAGUUCGGCGCGUACAACAUGCAAAUGUCGCCGAAUCAGCAUUCAGCUUCGCCAGCUGCGCAGCAAUCGUGGGCGCGACACGCUGCCGCUAUGACGCAGCAGAACAACAAGGCGGUGGUCGAGAAUUUGAGUAGCUGGCACGAGAAUUAUAGCCUCUUCACCGGCGGAACCCAUUACGGUGCCCAUUCACCCGGCGAAGCCAAAUCUGGUUAUCCAUAUUUCGGUGCUAUGGAAAUGUGUUCCAGUAGAGUUCACUAAAAUAAUUAUGCUUUCACACACUGCUUAAUGUUGCAAUAGUAAUUUAGAUAAAUGUGAUAGAAAAUUGUUUGUAUAUUACUAGUGUGUUUAAACAAAUUAAAUUAUAUUGUGGAUGGACAAACUAACGCCUACAAAACCGUUUAAUAACCAUACAGAAGUAUAACAUUUUACACGGUAAAUAACAUAGUAAAAACACAAAAUGCUAUUUACAUGUAAGCUUUAAUGACUCAAUUUUGGAUGGUGAAAAUAUAGAUGUUAGUAUGUGAGUUUUAUGGCAGUCUAGAAAUAUAGGUUAUAUAAUAAUGGCUUUAAAGGAAGAAAACUAUUAUUUAUUGAUGUUAAAACAUAAAUUUACUUUACCUAUGCAUGUAGAGUGUAAAUAUUUUUUUUUUGUGAGUAUAUAUUGUCAUUAUUUUCCUAUAAUUAAAAUUGUUUUGCAAUAUACUUACCAUAAAAAAAAAACAUUAGUGUAAUAGGAUAUCAUAUUGUAUGUAAUUAUUAUUUUGCCUAUAUGUGUAUUUAUAAUAAAUCAAAUUAU